AGAGAAGGAGAUUAAGUAACACGGUUACGUCACCCAAUUCCUGCUGUCUAGAGGCAGUUUCCGAUCAGUACACUGAGUCGAGACCCAGCCACCCCAUUAUUUUUCAUUGAACCGUUUUGAUUUGGCAAGUUAAAAACAAAUUAGUUUCGUUUUUGUGACCAACAUGCUGAAAGUGGAAGGAACUUCGAAUAGCGGCGAUUUCGCUAGGAUAGGUCGAUGUAAUAUCAACUUUAGUAGCGAAAUUGCUGGAGAAGCAAGAGUGAACCUCCCCCUAGAAUUGUCUCUACCGGCAGAUCCGUACAAAUGGACAAAGAGACAGACACAGAAUUGGUUGUGCUGGUUAAGGGAAGCCAACGAUCUGGAAGAGCUCGACAUCACAGAGUUCAAUGUAGACGGUGCAGGACUUUGUAGCCUUUCUCCGCAGUUGAUCGAGCACAUGGUUGGGAUCAGAGGAGGGAACAUAUUCCGCUCUUCGCUAGACUUACUGCAGAGUACCGCUGCCCUGGUUAGACACUCUCCUCCAGCAGACCACACACACCCUCCCUUCGAGACACAUCUACCACACGAUCAGAGACAUCUCUCACCUAAACACUCUGAAGAUCUGAAACCUGGUUUGAAACCGUAUGUCUCGAAUUUGUCUCCGUCCAGGGGUGCUCCCGAGUCUCCAGCUCUCACUAUAUCUCCUCCACCUCUCAGCCUUCAUUCUUCUCAAGACAGAUUACCACUGCACUAUCAGACUCCAGGUGAGUCGCCCUCCUACAAUAGAUCUUCAGUAAUCACUGCUGAGGAUAUUGUACGACUACAGCCUGUGGCGGGAGACCAGUUUAAUCUGACGAUCGGAGCACGGCCCUCAGAACAAGUGAAGCAAGAACAGAACGAGGAUGACAGGAAACCUUCCGCCCAGCUAGAGAGAAGACGGUCAUCAGAUAGCAGCGUAGAAGGAGAGGAAGAUAAACUGAACAGGAAUUAUUUCCCGACCUCCAAGACAGAAAGACGACCCUCAUCAAACGGCAUCGAUUGCGGUCGACAAGGCGUGACGUUGUGGCAGUUCAUUCUGGAACUACUAGCCGAUGAGACGUGUCACGAUAUAGUAGCCUGGACGGAGACACCGCUGGAGUUCAAGGUUAUUAACAGCAAGGAAAUGGCGAUCCGCUGGGGGAAUCGCAAGAAUCGUCCUAAGAUGAACUACGACAAGUUAUCGCGAGCUCUAAGAUAUUAUUACCGAAAGAACCUGAUUCAGCAUGUCCCGGGAAAAAGACAGGUAUAUUUCUUUGUGGAGCACCCUGAGUCUCUCGACUUCACUCAGCUACUAAACAACUCCCUGGCAACUCACCCAUCCAGGGUACGGAAACAAUCCGCCUUCAGUCACGUGACAGGGAGGUCCAAUCUCAAGCGACCCCUCAGUGAUCCAGACCUGCUCUCCGAAAUUAAGAGAGGACGAGGAGUGGAACCUCUAUCCAUGCUUGGGUAUCCUGGUCGGAACCUGCCUCAGUUGCUUACGUUGCAGUCCCCAUUUACUCAACAACUUCCCAAGUUCUUUCUACAACAAGGUGGAAUUGAUAUGAUGAGACUCGGAGCAGACCCCUUGUCUCGCCCUGACCAACCCAGAACCCUAGGACAGCUCAUGAUGUCAUCCGCCAGCAAUCCGUGUGUUAUAACCUCCGCACAACUACCCUCACUUGUUAUGCCCACGGAUAGUGACCUACAGAAAAUAUCAGUUCUGGAUACUGGAUGCGUCAAAACCACGUAUUAGGAUUUAUUAAGUCCCACCAAAACAUGAACUUUAAGGGACCUAUUUAUUUACUAUUUAAAUCAUCUGAAUAUUUCAGAUAAGCAAUAAUUGCUGAUCUGAAUGAACUGAGAUGGAUCAAUGAAUUUUUGAUUUGAUAUAAAAAUUGAUGUUGUCUACUUGUAGGAUUUAUUUGAAACAGUGAUAAAGUAUGUCAUCAGCAAUAAACUGUUAAACAAUCUCAUACAUUAUAAUCGUAUAAAAACAUAGGAUUUAAUUCGCUAUAUUAUUUUGUUUUACAUUUUAUAGCUUUUGUUAAAGU